CAAAUGAUGAUGUUCGGAUGAUUGGAAUUUUUGGCAUGGGUGGUGUAGGAAAAUCAACUGUUGCCAAAGCCAUAUACAAUCACUUGAUCAUGAGUUUUCAAGGGUUUGAUGGUAGUUGCUUUCUUGCAAAUAUUAGACAAGUUUCUAGUAAGGGACACAAUGGUCUAGUUGCUUUACAAGAGAAACUUCUUCAUAAUACACUCAAAAGAAAGAAUUUUGAAAUUAAUAAUGUUGAUGAAGGAAUAAGUUUGAUCAAAGCAAGAUUACACUCAAAGAAGGUUCUUAUUGUUCUUGAUGAAAUAGACCAAAUAAGUCAACUAGAAUCAUUAGCAGGACAACGCAAUUGGUUUGGUAAGGGGAGCGUUGUUAUAGUAACAACUAGAGAUUCUCAUUUGUUGAGUGACCUUGGAACAAAAGAGACAUACAUGGUUAAAAAAUUAAGCAUUGGUGAUUCUUUGCAACUCUUAAGUUGGCAUGCUUUUGGUGUUCCUAUACCAUUAAAAGAGUAUUAUGGACUAUGCAAAACGAUAGCAAGUUAUACUGAUGGACUUCCAUUAGCACUUACCAUUAUAGGUUCUCAUUUGCGUAGAAGAUCCGUGCAAGAGUGGAUUGAAGAAGUUGAGAAAUUAAGAAGCAAACCUCGUGACGAUAUUCAAAAAGUUCUUAAAAGAAGCUAUGAUGCACUUGAUGAUGAUACUAAAAACAUCUUUCUUGAUAUUUCUUGUUUUUUCGUUGGGCAUGACAAAAAGGAUACAACUAUGAUAUUGGAAGCCUGUGGUUUUCAUGCUAAAUGUGGAAUUAGAAGUUUGAUAGAAAGAUGUUUGCUAACAAGUCAGGGAGGUGGAGAAUUUGAAAGGCUUGAGAUGCAUGAUUUAGUACAGGACAUGGGAAGAGAAAUUGUUAAAAAGGAAUAUCCAAGAGAUCCAAGCAAGCGAAGUAGAUUGGUGGACCCAAAGGAUGUCUUUGAUGUUCUUCAAGGCAACAAGGGCACGGAAGCAAUUGAAGGGAUGAUUGUAAAGUCUAACAUGUUGAGGAAUGUGGUUUUGAGUACCAAAGUAUUCAUAAUGAUGGUAAAUUUACGAAUACUCAUAUUGGAUGGUGUGCGUCUUGGAGGAUCUUUUAAAUAUUUGUCCAAUGAGCUUAGACUUCUAAGUUUUCAUAAUUGUCAUUUGAGUCACAUACAAUUGGAUUUUGACUUUAUGAAACUUGUAGAGUUAGACUUGAAAGGUAGCAAUAUCGAAGAAUUUCAACCCAAUAUGCAGAAUUUUAUAUGCUUGAGGAUCUUAAAGCUCGAUUCUUGUAAACAACUUAAAAAUACACCAGACUUCAGUGGGGCACAGAGUCUUCAAGACAUAUCUUUCAAAUGUUGUUCAAAUUUGGCAAAGGUGCACCCAUCAAUUAGAAAUUUGGAGAGACUUGUUCGGUUGGAUUUCACCGAGUGUGAGAAACUCGAGAUGCUUCCAAGUAGCAUUUGCAAGUUAAAAUCACUUGAGUGCUUAAUGUUAUAUGGUUGCCAGAAUCUUAGGGAGCUUCCAAUUGACUUUGGAAAAUUAGAGCAACUUCAAAUAUUAGAUGCUGGAAAUACUGCCCUCUCACAUUUAGUUGCCUGUGGGUCCAUCAAAAAGAAGUCAAAGUGA